GUUUGUUACAGUCUACACGUAAUUUUUUCGGCACUACCAAUCGGAGUAACACACGCGUUCCAUUGACAGUUUUUUAAAAAUGGCCACGCGGAAAAUCAUGCAGCGGCUGUAUUUUACGUUUAUCCUUGUUCUUUUAUAUUAUACUAGUCCUUCAACAGCCUCCAAGCGUUCGAGAUACGUGACAUGCAAUUCUGUUGUCAAGUUGAUGAACGUCCAGUACAAUGUAAGAUUGCAUUCUCACGAUAUAAAGUAUGGAAGUGGAAGCGGGCAGCAAUCUGUGACUGGGACCAAGGUCAAAGAAGAUGGAAAUUCGUACUGGCUGAUAAAGGGUCCUACUGGAAAGACAUGCGUCAGAGGUAAACCAAUUUCAUGCGGAGAUAUCAUAAGAUUGGAGCACAUUGCAACUAAGAAAAACCUUCAUUCCCAUCACUUUCCUUCGCCAUUGAGCGACGGCCAAGAAGUUUCCGCUUAUGGAGACUUCCAGGGUGAAGGAGAUACAGGGGAUCAUUGGGAAGUCAUUUGCAAUACAGAGUUCUGGGAAAAGACCGAUCCUAUAUAUUUGAACCACGUGGAUACUGACAAGCGUUUGACUGCGAGCGGUCAUGCUUACACCUCUCUGAUAAACGGACAAAUUGAAAUUGUCGGCAUUCACAUGGCAAAAGGAGAUGCAUCAAGAUGGAAAGCAAUGGAAGGGAUGUUUAUUCACCCCACUGAACCCGAGACUCAUCAUCACGAGCAUACUGAAUUAUAAGAAAAGAAAUAUAGAUUAUAAUGGAAAGAUUUAAGCGAAUUCGUCAUUAAAACGAUGAAGUCAAUCAUUGCACGAACGUCGCGAUCUCCGUGCAGUAAGAAUUUCUUCCUAUUUUGAGAAAACUUGAUAUUUUCCAGGUAAAGGAAAAAAAGUCAGGAUUCUGUAAGACUGAAAAUCAGAAUAUUUGCCGACUCGUCAUUCCCGCUUUGACGAAGCCACUCAGGUUUACAAUCCUGAUUUACUGUUCAUAUUAGAAAAAAAGAUAAUCGAAGCUUAUGAUGUUGGAGUGUAAGAGCUAUUGAAAAUUUUUCGUCCCCUGGAGAAUUCUAACUCAACUCGCGUAGAUUGAAUCUGAUAACAGAAAAAGGAUUGGCGCAUUCUGACUUUCAAAUAUUAUUAAGAAAUACAAACCAAACGAGGAUAAGUAAAUUCCGCACAGCUAUUCGGGAAUUGUACAUACAUUUAUAUGCGUACAAUAUUUAUUCCAGUGUAAAAUAAAUAGAUUACAAAAGAAAUAUAAUAGACAUGUGAGAAGGUA